ACCGGGUCGGAGUCGAAUCGGGGCGGUAACAGCGACGCGGUUCAAGGUCGCCCAAGCGAGAGAUCCAUGCUGAAGAUUGAGAAGAUAUCAGGAAAGACCGUUCUGCACGGCGGCAGUGAGUCAACGGUCGGCAAGUGCGGCGCGGAGAGAAUGAAGUCGACCACGCAGGAGGUCAGCAAGGCCAAGGGUCACGAUGUCGGACACGGUUACAAAGUCGAGAAUCUGCGUUACUACGGUGAACUAAAGGGCUACGCCGAUUUCAAGGCUUACGGUACCGUGGACAAGCAGCCGGCAUCUGUACCGGUGUCUGCGCACGAGAAGUCGCAUCUUCUACAUGGGUCCACCUCGUGCGAGAAGGGCGACAAGUGUCACGGCAAGGCGCCGUCCUCGUCCACGCAGAGUUGUUAUAGCCUGGCCAAGAUCGGUCAGCAGCAGGCGGAGAAGAGUCAUCACAGUGGCGAUCAUUAUUAUCACAGAUCGUCACAUUCAAAGUCGCCGAACAUGUAUCAGGUGUAUCAGGAGACCAAGUACUCGUACAAUGUGAGCGGGGUGCCCGGGACGCCGGCGCAGGCCAGCGCAGCCGCGGCCUUCUUCGCAAGGGCAGCUCAAAAACUGAAUUUGUCGUCGAGUCCGCAUCGUAGACGACGUUCCGGCGAUGAAAACAUCGGAUCUGACGAGUUGCCUAUUUUUCCCAAUGGAUAUGCUGCGCUCCUUCUCAAGUCACCACCUCCGGCACCUCCCGCCCUUCUCAGGAGGAUAGGCGUAAAGGAGCUCACCGGGGUCGGCAAGGUAAAAGUUAUGCUAAGGGUGUCACCUGGAGAUGGAGGUAGCUUCUUCAGUGCGGAUAAGCGUAAAAAACAAGUUACAUUAGUGGAUCCAGCAUCUGGGCAAUCUUCAUCGGCAGAAGAUCGACGGCCUACUGUGGCGGCGCCAAAGAUGUUCGCAUUUGACGCGAUCUUUACUGAAGAAGACUCCCAAACCGAGAUCUGUUCGAGCGCUCUUACAGAUGUAAUUCAUGCGGUCAUUAAUGGAACGGAUGGCUGCUUAUUUUGUUUUGGACAUGCCGGUUUGGGUAAGUCUCAUACUAUGCUGGGAACUCCGGAGGCUGGCCAUACACUGGGCGCAAUUCCUUGCGCUAUAGCGUGGCUCUUCCGCGGUAUUUCGGAACAACGACAGAGAACCGGCGCCAGGUUUAGCGUUAGGGUCAGCUGCGUGGAAUUGACCACUGGCCAGCAACAAUUGAGGGACCUGCUUGCGGCGCACGCGAACGACUCGGAACAAUCGCCGGCCGUGUACCUCAGAGACGAUCCGUUGUUUGGUACCCUUCAAUUGCAGCAGCACAGCGAGCUCCGCGCGCCGACGGCGGAACGCGCGGCAUUCUACCUCGACGCAGCGGUUGCCGGCCGUCAACGAGAGGACGGCGACGCACAUAUGCUCUAUACGUUACACGUCUACCAGUACAGCGUUGCCGGCAAGGGUGGAGUUGCCGGUGGCAGAAGCCGGUUGCACUUGAUGGAUCUGGGAAACUCGGAUCGCGGGAAAUCCUCGGGCGGAAUUCCUCUCUCCGGUCUGGGUAACAUUCUGCUUGCGAUUUUCAAUGGCCAGAAGCACUUACCCUACAAGGAACACAAGCUAACCCAAUUGCUGAAAGAGUGCCUCGGCUCUCUGACUUGUCAUGCGGCUAUGAUAGCUCACGUGUCACCCAACGCCCAGCACUACACCGAGACAUUAACCACUGUUCAACUGGCAUCGAGGAUCCAUCGGAUGCGACGCCGGAAGAUCAAGUUCGUCGGCAGUAACACGCAGGGAACCGGAAGCGGCGGCAGUUCCGGCGAAGAAGCAGCUCGGCAGAACAGCGAAUGCGAUCCGAGUUCAAGCGAUUUGUCGGCCGACACCGUGAUCUAUGUUGGGCCGAGCGCUGACGACGCCACUGACGGCGAACAUCCACCUGUUUAUAUACCCAGCUUGAAUUCAGGUGAUAAUCGUUGCGCAAUGGGCAGAGUACUUCGAGGUUCCGCCGCCGAAAGACCGAGCAAAAUUCCUGAGGAGCGCAGUCCAGCACAUAAGCCCUCGAAAGUGGUGAAGACUUUAACGCAGACCGCAUCGAAGCAGACCUCACCAGCGCACAGCAUAACGCCGAAGGCAAGUCCGGCCAGGAAAAAUUCUUCGUCGAAAAAUGCUUCGGCAUCAAAGGCUAACGAUUCACCUAGUAAGGUACCAAUAGUAGCGCCUAGUGGUGGAUCCGAUGAACAGUGGAUAGAUGGACCGAGGAUCUCGAAAUCGAAAGUCGCGGAGGCGAGACAUAUGCUGAAGGAGUCUCAUCACAAACGAGAAACAUGGAUCGACGGACCAAUGCAACUGACUGGCGCGCCGGCGUUGCAACUGCACACGCAUCAGCACUCCUCCGGUUAUGGUUUCAUGGACAGUCACAAGAAGAGCAUGAUCAGAAAAUGGGUAGAAAAUCAAUCGUCCCAAAUACAGCGUGCAAAGCACACCACGCCACGACUUGAGUCCUCAAAGAUGUCUUCCGGUCAGUUAUCCGGUCAGUUCAAGGAGCUGACCCAAUUCAAAACCUGUGGCGGUGCGGACGACGACGACACAUCGUUGUCCACCGCGGAGAGUGAUAGUUUGAAAGCGAACGAGAUCGAGGACAUAACUGAGAAGCUGAGUGCCAAGCUGAAUCUACUUAAUGUCAAGUCUAACACAGAUUCAGGAUUAGAUCUGACGGCAAGUCCAGUGAUGGAUGAUAGCAUCGAGAAAGGGAAACUUGAUCUACCGGAUGACGAAGAUGAUGAUGAAGAAAUUGUCGUACCUCCUCCAUUGCCACUGAUUGAACCACUUAGCAACGGAGUCAGCCGAGAGGUAUCCAUGGAAAGUCUAAAUCUGUCGCACAAGGACAUUGUUCUACCCUCCAGACACUCGUUAUCAUCUGAGGACGAAAUUUUAGAGAUUGUCGAGGUGGAGGACUUGGAGCCAGUACCUAUGCAAGACUCGUGUUUACAAGUGACCGAGGAGGACAUUGCGCUCUGCAUGGGUGAGAAUCCGUUGCCCGAAAGCGACCAGGAAGAACAUCCUUUAAGGAUUCUUAGCCAAGAGAAUCUCACCGUGGUAUCAACUUUCACAGACUCUAUGUCGGUGAUGUCGGACACGGAGAGAUACAGACCGCAUUAUCCACCGCCGGUCGGCGUGGGUGUUCUACCCAGACCGUACUUCGACCACGAAGACUUUCUCGAGCAAGAGACCAGGCACAAGUUUGAUCAGUUGGCCCGUCUUCACGAGCUCUACCAAAGCAAACUCGCGCUUGCCAACGUUUCCAACUCCGUGACUUACCAGAGGGAAAACUCCUCCACCGUCAACGUGCGAGACGCUCCAUCAGCGACCGUCUUCCGUCCGCCGUCUCGCUGUCAGUCUUUAUCCCUUUCGGAUGUCUUAUUCAACGACAACGCGAGCAAUCACGGCAGCAUAUACAGCGAACCCGCGUACAUAGCAGGAAAGCCCGAUCAGGAGAAGAUCUGCGAUAAUUGUCGUCAGAGCAUGUCUAGGCCCGCCACAGCCUCUUACUGGUACCCCAGUAGCGUCGCUCAUCUCGCCAGUCCCAGAAGGUACUGCGGUAAGCUAGGUGACUGCAAUAUCUCCAGUUUAAGGCAUCCGGACGGUGCGUCGAAUCCUAAUCUAAAGGAGGAGAUCGAAAGGAUACCUGGAAACGGAGCGUCCGGCUCGGACCCCGAAGAGGAAUACAUCGAAGCAAAAAAGCUGUUUACGGCUGCCGAGAGAUCCGAGAGAACAGUCACGGGGAAGUCCGAUAUAGAGGAAGAUGUGAAAAUUCAAGGUGGUUCACCCUUGCUAUCAAUGCCAUCUCCGGCGCCGUCUUCCGGACGAAUGCAACGCAAGAUCCUUAGUCUCGGUUCCUCAUUCGGACUGAACAAGGAGGGCUCCGAUUCCGGCGCGGACACAACGCCACGAGCGGCCAAGUUGUCACCGGCUACAUUAUCCAGACACCGUGCCGAGAGCUCCGGUUACGAUAGUAUCGUUAGAGACAGCGAAACGAGCAGUAUCGCCAGCGACUCGUCCCGACAGACUGGCGCGUUACAGGAACAUCAAGCGGUGGAACAGCGGGCGGCAGGGUGCGGGCCUCGGCGGUCGCGGGCCCACUGCCGGGCUCAACUGGGGCCGCCCGCGGCGUCGGCGAUUCUCGCUUAUACAGGCGAGGACGUAGACAUCCUGGACAGGCGCGCGCGGGUGCGCUCGAACCCACGUGGAACGACAUCCAGGAUACACAACCUUCGCCUGCGCCAGCGCCUUCUUAGGCUGGAACUACGCGAUGCCAAAAGGCGACUCAUGGUACCAGACACCCGUUGGGACUACAAUCUGUACGUGGAGGACAGUAUGGACUGGCGGGAUCCGUCAUUUUUGGAGGCACUAAUGGCUGAGACAUGUAUUUUACAAAAGAGGGUAGAGGCCUGUAAAAGCCACGUUCUUCUGGUCACUUGCUUCGAUUCCUGCCCUCAAGAAUCGACAUCGGCCGAGAUUAAGAUCACCUAACGUAGACUCAGAUCAGCACGCAUGACCGCGUGUUGAUCACCAAUCCCGCCCACCUACCUACGAAUUUAAUCGUUGAAACGAGACGAGCGAGGUCGCCGAAUAGGAUGAAAUAAAAUUAGCAGAUAAUGACGUCGAUGUCGCUCGACUCCGUCCAAUAGUUGUUAAUGAUAUAUUGUGGUAUCGUCAUCGUCAUCGUACGUCGUCACUAUUGUUAAGUCUAAAACGGUACUAGGAAGAUUUUAAUAAAGAGGGAGCUAAAGUAAAAGUUUUACCGAAGUAUCGCACACGUACACGCACACGCACGUGUCUUAUCGAAGUUAUAUUAUGGAGUUAUAACGAAAAGUGUAUUCGUGUUAGAGAUUUCGCGGUUGCUUCAGUUUCAACGAUGUUUCUCAGGAUGCUGAACAAAGAUAUUAGAUAAUUUUCGCGGUUGUUGCAAUAGCGGAACGAGUCUAAGUUUCAAACGCGAUGUUUACGCCGUUAUAUGG